UGCUCCUAGUGUACACUUUCACAGUCGAAUUUGUUACCGUGUGAUGUAGAGAACGUGAAAUGGCCUCGUCCAACGUGUUACUAUAGCGUAGAGACUACUUAAAUUGAAGAAAGGCAAAUGAAAAGAGCCUCUGUCUCAUCGCAACUUCAGAAUUUCGUAUUGAAGAGCAUCUGGUGAUAAGGAGUAGGGGGGAUACAAGGAGGAACGAAGAAAUAAUACAAAAGCAAUACGUAUCCGGUGUGAUUCCACAAAGAAAGCAGAAACGAGAGGAGGGAACCAGGGAGAAAGUAGUAACGUUAGCAAGUAAUAGCGUCAGCGACGAAGGAGCCAGAUUUGCUGUGCGAGAGAUUUGCUUUUGUGUUCCUGCCAUCACGCAUUUGUUAAAGGAACAAUGAGGAACAUUUGGAUUAUCUGGAUGUGCGUGACGGUGGCCUUUCUUACAGGGGAAAGGAUACGUGUCACAGCCGAAUCGCUGACGCUCGGAGACGACCUGUACCUGGAUGACCAGUCUUCAGGAGAUUAUCCUGUUGAUGAUGAUGAUGACGAUGAUUUUGCUUCAGGGUCUGGCUCAGGAGAGGGCCCAGUGGAGACGGUCAAUGUGAAGACCGUGUACCACCCCCCAAAAGCAGAGCCCACCCAGGAGGCCACCAAAGACCUCUCAUCCAGAACAGAGACGAUAUCAGGAAGAUACACACCUAAAGUACCUGCUAGGACAGAGGCCCCGCUUCUGCUUACUGAAGAGCCCAGCAGUACAGAUGAGGUCACAAGCACCACCGGUGCCCCCCAGGUGCUGGUGGAUGAGGACAAGCCCUUCAGGGUGCACUCUGAAAACAUCCUUCAGAGAACAGAAGUACUGGCAGCGGUUAUUGCAGGAGGCGUGAUCGGCUUCCUCUUCGCCAUCUUCCUCAUCCUCCUGUUGGUGUACCGCAUGAGGAAGAAGGACGAAGGCAGCUAUGACCUUGGGGAGCGUAAACCCAUGAGCACGACCUACCAGAAGGCCCCCACCAAGGAGUUUUACGCAUAAGCAUAGCAGCUACCAGACUUUAAAGGAAUGAUGGCAACAACUUUACCCCUUUCACACCAUGCUUUCAAGUAAAAUACCAGCAUUUUUCAACCAGUUUGGUGUAGAUGGGGGUCUUCUAAACCAAUAACAUUUUGGUGCCCUUUUGCUCUCAGAAAGUUCCCUGUAUUUGUAAUUGUAAAAAUUGCUGCUUUCUGCCACAAUUGAUGCAAUGUGACAAGAGCAGGAAAAUGCUUCCAUUUGCAUGCAUAGAACCCUACCAUAGAAUUGGUCACAAAGCUUCAGCAACUGCCAAACCUUCAGUGACCUUUGGUAACACCAGCCAAGAGGCAUUGGAACCCCAGUGGACUUCAUAAAAGUCUACUUAAAGGAAAUUAAUUCACAAUAAUCUAAAAUAAAUUCCUGCAUUUGCAGUAGUGUAUUCAGGAAGCUGCUAAAUCACAGUUUCUCUUGUGAGGCAGCAGUAUUUACAUAGGACAACUGACAUGGAUUGUGUCAGUACAGUUAGAUGUUACAGGUCAAAGUAAAUGAUUGAAAUAUCGAAACGGGAGCUCCUGCAGUGGGUAGUGUAUCCCACAUUUUCCUCCUCUGUGUAUGAACUGGAUUGAAUGCAUUGAAUGAAAAACAUUCAUUGCAGCAUCGUAAGCAAGUAUUUUUAAACAGCUUUUUAUGCCCUGUUUUUAUUUUCUUUUUGACACCUUUGGAAUUCCCAAUAACUGUAGGCCCAUUCCAGUACUGCGGCAUCCACUGGCGAUUUGGGAGGAUGCACACUGGCAUGAUCGUUAUGUGAAAUGCGCAGGCAGCCAUCCCACAGGGUGAGCUGCACAGUUACUGAGUGCUGUGUAACUACAACAGCUGGUGUGGACAGGCUGCAGUCUGCCAUUGCCGUCGAGCUGUGAGGUGGGAGGUCCGUGCUGAAUUGAACCUAUCCUCCCUGUCAUUCAGUCCCCUCCCGGCUACAGUUACCGAGGUACUGAGCUGAUUAGGAUUCUCUCUGUGCCAAUGGCCACGUCACUGAAUCAUGAAGUGCCUCUGUUAGAUACGGCACUCAGGAGUCCCUCCUGUCUUCUUUUCAACCAAAAACACAUUCACGCUUAGCUCUGUGCAGUAGAGGCAUCAUAAAAAAAUAAAGAUACGUGGUAAUGCAAUGGCCAAUAACUUUUAAUUAUUUGACAUUUUAAUUAAGUCAGAAAUGGCAGUUCAUCAGCUUUAAUAGUUAUUUUGAACUGAAUAAAGAUGGGCGUGGUGCACAGGAAACAAUGUAAUUUCGUUUGAAGUGUCAGCAUUUUUUAAUUGCUUUUUGCUGCGGACAAAGACAUCCGCCCAAGAAAGAAUAAUAGAAGCGACAUUAAGUGUCAUACACACGAAGAUUUAUAAUUGCAAUUUUUUAUAUACAGUAAACAAAGAUCCCCCAGGAACAAAAUUACAUGUUGGUCUUUUCUAAUUAACAUCCACAACUGGCAGUAUCACAGCAUUUGCCUGAUGUAUUGCAUAUGAAAUGGUACCAACCAACAAUUAGCUGGAAUUGUUUCAUUUGGUAGUGGUAUGACAGGAAUGUCAGUGAGCAGUGCCCAUAUUGUUAGAGAGGCUGUUGACUGUUUAGCCUUAAAGUACCAAACCCCAUAUACCACGUGUUGAAGAAAACUUCAGCAACUGGGGUUUAAAGGACUGAAAGCAGCAGCACUGAUCACUAGGCCUGAAGUAAAUGGGAGAAAAAACUGGUUUUAAUGUAACACAAUAGCAUUGACUGCUAGACUUUGAAUAAUGAAGCAAAGAGUUAAUGGCUUUAAAUUAAAUGACACAAAUAGUACGUUUUGCCUUUCUGGUCAUUAAUGAGGAACUAUUGCAGGAACAUUACUAUGUAUAACAAUGUGAUAAAGAUCCCUUCUCAUAUUAAAAGGCCAAACAAAUACUUUUGUUAUGACACCCCCGUGCAUAUUUUAGCAAUCCAUUCAUAAUUUUAAAUGAAAAAAAAAAAAUCUUCAAAAAAAGGAAAUAAUAGAAUGAUUUGUUGCAUGGGGAAAUCACAUGUGUAAAGGCUGUUGUUGGUCAUGGAAUAAAUUUUAAAGUGAUGGCUCACUCAGUCUUCAUGUAAUUAUAUUUUGUUGCCUUUCAAUACAAUAUGCUAUGCAUUUAAAGGAGAGUUUUUAGCAAAUGUGGUCUACAUGAACUUCAUCUACCUAUAUCCACCACUGGCUAACAUUGUUCGUACUGAUGUCCAAAAGCAUGGUGAAUUUGUGGCUAGGUGCUUGCGGGUAGCAUACACAAAUCCGUACUACCCAUUUUAAAAUUGAACGCAUGCAAUAUUGUAUGAAAAUUUAGUACCAUAGAAAGCAUAGAAAAGUGCUGAAAAUGGACUGCUUUCAGUUUAGGCCAUAUUGCCAUAACUCUUUGUGAUCUUUUUUAAAACAAUGUGCAUCCAACUGAAAAAAAUGGUAUCACCCUAGAUAAUACGGCAGGUACAGCUUAAACCAUAUGGCUGAGUGACUUGGUUAGAAGUUACUGAGAAGUCAUCCUCAAAUGAAAGUUGGAGCAUGUUGCCUGCAGAUACCUAGACAUAAAUGCUAACGAUGCUAGUCAUUGGCAGAUGUGUAGUAGGUUCAUGUAGACAGGAGAUACACAAAAAAGUGUUGGGUUACAUAUUACCUCGUAUUGAAAGACUAAAAAGGAUAUUUGCCUAGAUUCUGGGAUCUGUUUCCAUACAUUUUCCACACUGCUUGACAUGGCUUGCCCAGCAUGAUUUCUGAAAUGUUUUCAUUUAUCUGUUUUCAGAUGUACUAAUACAUUCUCUGUAAUUCACAUAAAGCUUUUAUCUUCAUAUUAAAUUAAAAAACAGUAAAUAUAACAUUUGUUUAUCACUCAGGUUACCACAUUUUCUCUAUCUUUUGCUUGAAUGUAUAAGCUUAUAGUGGAAGUCUCAUAUUUUUAUGUUUGCUUUUUACAUGACUGUACUUUAAAAUAGCUUCAAAAUAUAUGCUUUGUAUUCACAGAUUAUUGGUCUUAAAGAUCCAAUAGAAACUGGGUUCAGAAUGAGAAGUCUGGCCCGAUUAUUUUACAUAUGGUACUCAUCCUUGCAUAUGUACUUCUCAUUUGUGUUCACUUCUUGAGUUUUGAAUGUUGCGCUGGAGAAGUUCCACUCUAUUAGGAUAUUAUUCUCUGCUGUUCUGCCUUGGGAGAGUUUCUUUUACUGGGAAGUUUAAGGGGACAUUUUAAAUUGGUUUUAUUCUAUUUUACAUUUUUCCAAUUCAGAAUGCUCAGUCCUCCAUCAGUCUGGAAGAAUGCAGAUUAGCAUGUGUGUCGUCCGAAGCAACAGAGGUAGACUGCAGACAUCUGAUCAACCCGAGGAGUUGCUUUUGCAUAAUGAGGUGGGAAGACCUGCCAUCAGAACCCCUCCCUCCUUUGGUUAUGCUCUGAUAAAUUAAUUGGUAUGAUUAUGCAUUUCCCUGUACAGCUCAGCUGUACUGUAGCUUUAAGCCAAAAUGGCCGUUUCAAAGCAUUCAGAUCUAAGGAACCUCACUGAAACCAAUGGAAAACAGAUUGGGAUGGACAGAAUUGAGUCACCUCAUUUGGAUAACCAAGUGUCUGUUGUUUAUUAGGGAAAGUUUAUCGCCUUACCACAGCUGUCAAGGAACCCCCCCCCCCCGCCCCGAGUUCUAAUACAGUACUGUAAAUGCAUGUGUCUAUUCAUUUUUGAAGUUGAAACUUUGGUGAACUUUAAAGUUGAAAAUUGUAAACUUUUAAAUUCUCGGCAAGAUCCUCCCCUCCCCCAUGCUUGAUCUCCUGGUUCUUGGUCCAGAAAGAAAGCUGAUGAUAAUGUCCUUUAAAUGUCUGCAGACGUAAAUUGUGGAUUUCACCUCAGUGUUGUAGGCCAUACAUUCAAUAUUUUUGUGUUUAUCUUUUUAACCCGUUUUCUUUGAGACCUGACCAUUUUUGAGUCCAACAACCUGAAUUGUAUCAGAAAAAUAUGUAUAUAUCUAUUGGAAUAUAUAUAUUCGCAACUGUUUUAAGCCUUUGAAGUGCCUAUCAUUCUGACAUGCUUGUUCCUGUCUGGGCUGGGAAAUGUCUGUACAAUAACCGUGAUUUAAUAGCUGGUAUUUUAAAAACACAGGUGACUGAUAAUAACUUUCUAAGUCUUAAAGAAGCAGACAGUAUUGUAUCUAUGUUCAGAUAUGCACUACUGAAUAAACAUUGUGGCCUAAUUCUGA